AUGUACAUCCACGAGGAAAGACAUGUUCUGGACUACUCGUAUCCAUUUAACUCGAUCAAUAAAAGCUAUGGAUACUAUCCUCAAGGACAGAGGAAUUCGGUUUGCCGAGCUAGCUGUGGUGAAGCGGAGCUGACCUCACUUCCUGUUCAUGCGGCACUUCAGGAACGGGAACUCUGGGAGAAAUUUAGCAAGGUUGGCACUGAGAUGCUCAUUACCAAAACUGGCAGGCGCAUGUUUCCUAGCUGCAGAGUCACAGUGAUGGGGCUGAACCCCAAAGUCAAGUAUGUGCUGAUGAUGGACAUGGUGCCCUUUGAUAAUAACAAGUACAAGUGGAACAGAGAUCACUGGGAAGUGAGUGGCAUGCCUGAUCCUCACCUGCCCAACCGAUUCUUUAUCCACCCAGACUCCCCGGCUCUGGGAGAAAAGUGGAUGCAGUACCCCGUCUCCUUCCACAAGCUCAAACUCACCAACAACACACUCAAUUCUAAAGGCCUGGUGGUUCUCCAUUCAAUGCACAAGUACCAGCCUCGUCUACACAUAAUUCAGGCUCCAGAUCCAUGUGAAGGUCACAGUGGGGGUUACUUGAGAUUUACCUUCCCCGAGGCAGCUUUCAUAGCUGUUACAGCCUACCAAAAUCAUGAGAUAACCAAGCUGAAGAUUGACAACAAUCCCUUUGCCAAAGGUUUUCGUGACAAUGGACUAAACAGAAAAAGGUUCAGAGAAAAAGAUGUGCAACAAGGAUCAGUUUCAGAACAGCAACAGAACAGGACACAAAGUCAUAUUGUUUCACCACUUGACACAGAUGACGAGGCAGACAGGAGAGUCUCCAGCACGGUGGAAUCCUCUGGUACUUUGUGCCCAUCGGAAGUGACAGCUCGAUCCAAGUCCAAUGCCAACCCUUUCAUAUCAGCAUUUAUUGACUGUGGGGAUGCUGGACUGGGAUGUGGACAGGAUGAACCAAGCCAAAGCACCAUUUCCCAUUAUUCCAAGCAUAUAGACAGCAUCAGUAACAACAGGCUUGAAGAAACUGGUCCUCCAUGUCUCCAGUACAUUUCUGCUCCAUUACCAGAGAUCCCCAUCCCUCAAACCCAGUCAUCCAUUACAGAGCUGAGUUUUCCCAGAGUGCAAAGCAGCCAAGCCCCGGGGCCCCAGCAGCAGUGCCACAUCCAGGCCCAAGCUACCCAUCAGAUUUACUCUAACCAAUCCAAACUCCACCAGUCUCUCCCUCUACCACCCAAACUGAGUCGUAUGCAGCUGCCUGAAAGUGUCUUAAGGAGCUUGGAUUUAAACCCAAGGCCCCUGGCAGAUAUUUUUAACUGAAUGCGGGUUCGAGCAGUGGGCAAAGAAUCUCAAAGUUAUCCUCAGUGUGAGCAGAAUGCUGCCAUGUCAAACAGCGAAGCCAUUCCAGACUGUGGUGCGACUUUUUACGCUGAACGAUACCCAUCGGAAUGGCCUGGAUCGGGUGGGAUUACAGGUCAGAGUAACACAGAAGCCAGAUCAGUUGCAUUUUUACCGCUGGUUGAGUAUGCUGGAGAGAGUGCUGCUGGGAAGUGAAGUUUUCUACAAGGUGAUUAAAAAUGGAAGGACUUGAACAUGUGAUCUACAGUGUCUUACAAGAUGUAUAUAUAUUAUUAAUGUUCCAUUCAAAUCAGCAUUUGUAUUUUUUAUUCACUAUUUGUGCAUAAAUUGCCCUUAAUUCAUCCAGUUUUUGCAAUGUUGUUUCUUAACUCAAUUAAAAUAUU